UUGACAUCAUUCAUCUUUCUAUAAAGUACUAAGCAUUUAGCCCAUCCCUUAACCAAUCGUUCCAUCUGAAGUUAGUUCCAUGGACAACGAACACUCUCCUCACCAUCCACUUCUUCCGGCGACCCACGAGCAGUAUCCGGCGACAGGAAAAUCGUCGGCGAUCGUGUCCAUAGCAAAAUGGAUUCUGAAAUCGGCGAUGUGGGUUAUAUUUUUAGUAUGGAUUUUGGUCAUAUUUCUGUACCCAUCUUCCUUAACCACUCAACUCUUUAACAAUUGGGUUGAAGCCACCCAACAAUCCCUUUUCGGACUCACUGGUGCCAUCUUCCUAACUUUCAGUGCUCCACUUCUCGCCAUCGCCAUCAUCGCGGCCGUGUAUCUGAUCAUUUCUCGUGACGAUGAGCCUUACAAGAAGAAGAUUAAGGAGAAGCCGAGAUGGCGGUUGUGGACGCUGCCGGUGUUGGUGGAGGGGCCGUUUGAAGUAGUUACAGCGGCGGAGUUUGUUGGGAUUUUGGUGGUUUUGGGAUACGUUUUUUGGGCUCUUUACUGCUACACCUUGCGAAUGCUGGCCGCCGAUUACUUUAGACAUUCAACUUUCAAAGAACUAAGUGCUGUGGUGCUCGAAGUGAUGGGUGUGAGGCUUGGUUCAAUAGGACUAUUUUGUUUAGGGUUUUUGUUUCUCCCAAUUUCAAGAGGUUCAAUCCUUCUUCGGCUUAUAGAUAUUCCGUUCGAGCAUGCCACUCGAUAUCAUGUUUGGUUGGGCCAUCUCACUAUGAUCAUAUUUACGCUUCAUUCCUUAGCUUUUGUUAUUGUAUGGUCUAUCGAAGGUCGUCUCCUACAACAAUUGAUGGAGUGGAAAGACGUCGGCAUCGCGAAUCUUCCCGGAGUAAUAAGCAUUUUGGCCGGACUCUUAAUGUGGAUUACCUCUCUCCCAAAACUCAGAACCAAGAACUUCGAAUUGUUCUUCUACACUCAUCAAUUGUACAUCAUCUUCGUCGUCUUCUUAGCCCUACACGUCGGCGAUUUCGUCUUCACCAUCGCCGCCGGUGGAAUCUUCAUAUUCAUGCUCGACCGCUUCCUCCGAUUCAUUCAAUCAAGAACCACCGUGGAUGUAAUUUCGGCCAAGGCGCUUCCCUGCGGCACCGUCGAAUUGGUCCUCUCCAAACCUAAAAGUCUGCGGUACAAUGCACUGAGCUUCAUCUUUCUGCAAGUUCGAGAGCUUUCGUUGUUGGAAUGGCAUCCUUUCAGUGUGUCGUCGAGUCCAUUGGAAGGGGAAGAUCGAUUGGCGAUUCUGAUAAAAGUGCUUGGGAAAUGGACGGAGAGAUUACGAGGGAAGAUCUUGAAUGAUAAAGCUAAACAGAUCUCUUCUGAAAAGCAUUCCCCUGUAAUGACGGUUUCUGUUGAAGGACCUUACGGCCAUGAAUCUCCAUAUCAUUUGAUGUAUGAAAACUUAAUUUUGGUAGCUGGAGGAAUUGGAAUUUCACCUUUCCUAGCUAUCUUGAGUGACGUUCUCCAUCGCAUUAGAGAUGGAAAAGCAUGUUUACCAAAGAAGAUUUUAGUUGUUUGGGCAAUUAAAACCUCAGAUGAGCUUUCUCUUCUCUCAACUCUCAAUGUGGACUCAAUCUGUCCAUUUUUUGCUGAUAUACUCAACAUUGACAUCUCCAUCUACGUUACUCGACAAUCACAACCACCAUCGGAAGGUGAAAUCCAAGGGUCCAAGGUGACUUCAAUUUGUCCACUAUCAAAGGGAUCCAACAUGUCUGUUUUGGUUGGCACUGGCGACAAUGUAUGGUCAGGGCUCUAUGUUAUCUUCUCAACUUUGGGGCUUGUCAUCUUAGUGGGCUUAAUGGAUUUCUUUUACAUUAACCCUUUCCACAUCAUAAAGUGGUGGUACAAAGGCCUUCUCUUUUUGCUUUGCAUGGUAGCAAGUGUUGUUCUCUUUGGAGGCCUUGUGGUUGCUUUGUGGAGUCUUUGGGAACAAUACAUUUCAAGUAAAAGGACUAGCGACCACAACAAUGACAUAGAAAAUGUUGAUCAAGAGAGCCCCAAACACUCUUUUGCUCAAAAGGAUUUGAAUUCCAAUGCCCUUGCAACCUCAACCACGAUAGAGUAUGGAUUGAGACCAAAUUUUGAAGAGAUUCUUGGAUCGGUAUCGGAGAAUUGGGGGAAAGUUGAUAUUGGUGUGUUAAUUUGUGGUCCUUCAACGCUUCAAUCAAGUGUAGCAAAAGCAAUUAGGUCACACAACAUGGGGAGACGCAGCCAUCAUCCUAUCUUUCAUUUUCACAGCCAUAGUUUUGACCUUUAGUUUAUUCAUAUGUAAAAACGAAAAUCUGUAUAGUCUUGUUAUCUAGAUUAUAUACGUUACAAAAUAUGUACUCUAUGUUUGUAGAUGGGUAUGGUAUAGUGUUAAUGGUAUGUUUUAUACCUGUUGUGUAAUUAAGGUUUGUGAAAUAAAGUUUGAUAUUGGUUAUAUUGUAUACAA